GCCCCCCCCGCGGCCGCCAUGGCCCUGACGGCCGAGACCGAGUCGCGGCUGUACCGCUCGCUGCGCGCUGCCGCCGGCGCCGCCGCGCACCUCGUGGCGCUGGGCUUCCCCGUUGCUGUGGCCGUGCUGGCGCGGCCCGGAUCCAGCCUCUUCUCCUGGCACCCGCUGCUCAUGGCCCUCGCGUUCUCGUUCCUGAUGACCGAAGCGCUGCUGGUGUUCUCCCCGGAGACUUCGCCGCUCCGCGCCUUCUCCCGCAAAGUCAAAGUGCGGGUGCACUGGGCCCUGCAGCUGCUCGCCCUCCUCUGUGCCCUCCUGGGGCUGGGCAUCGUCACCUACAACAAACACCUGAACGGCAAAGUCCACUUCGUCACCUGGCACGGCCUGACGGGGCUGCUGACCGUGCUGUACACAUGCGGGCAGUGUGCCGGGGGAGUGCUGCUGCUCUACCCCAAGCUGAUGAAGAACUGGACGCUGGCCAAGCUCAAGCUGUACCACGCGACCUCGGGGCUGGUGGGCUACCUGCUGGGCUGUGCCAGCCUGAUGCUGGGCAUGUGCUCCCAGUGGUUCACCACCUCGGUGACCGGCGUCUCCUGGUACCUCGCCAUGCUGUGUCCUCUUCUCACCAGCCUGGUUAUCAUGAACCAGGUGAGCAAUGCUUACCUGUAUCGCAAGCGGAGCCAGCACUGAGGGCCAGGUGCAGUUCCAGCUUUCCCCUGCAUCAGCUGGCGAGGCUGGGGCUCCCCCUCACAGCCUCCCUGCUCACACAGGGUCUCCUUGGAACUCGGUUUCUACCUACUUGUCUCUCGUUAGUCCUGGUUUGUCUGUAGUGUCUUGUCUCCAGGCAGCGUCUCCAAUGUGCGUGGCAGCGAGCGGGUAGGAGCUGCCCACCUCAUGCCUGCCUUGGUGGGGACAUUUCCCAGCACAGGUAAAGCUGCUGCUCCCUGUGGCAGCUUGGUGCUCAGUGCUGGGAACGAGAGGGUUCACUCAGGAUUCCUGCUUCUUUUCCCUUACCACCCAAGGCUGCUUUGGAGCAGGCAGGACAGGUGCUGUCGUGUUCCUGGUGAGUAGGGCAGGGUGUCACCGCAUGCCUGGGGUGCUGCAGCAGGCACUGCACUGCCUCUCCUGCCAGGAAGGCAGCUUGAACAGUAAAAAGCACAGGGCAUGGUCAUGGCUUCAGUUGUGGAGGAGGGAGGCAGCACCCAAGGCAAAGGCAGUGGGACAGUGGCACAUCCUGGGGGCUCUGCUGUCAGCCCUGUCCCACGGCUGUGGAGCUGGGCACCCACUGCCACGCACAAACCCUUCCCACAGGCUGAGGCAGCGAGGCUGCAGCCUGGCAGGAGCUGGGGCUCAUUUUACAGAGCAAAUUAGAGACUGGCUGCAACGUGGCAGCCUGCAAAGACCUGUUUUGUCCCUCUGAGAGGCAUGGGGAAAAGCAUGAGUGUGAGGGGAGCAGGGCUCAGCACAGGCCUGGAGCCAGCUUUGAGUCUUUGAGCCAGCCUGCUGAAACUGCCCUCAGGAAGGCAGAAAGGAACCCCCUUGCCUCGCUGGCACAACAGCCCUCCUUCCAGUUUUGGGCCAGGCACUGCAGGUUUGCAGCGGGAUCCUCCUCAGCACCUACCCUGCUCCCGGCAUGGCUGGAGAGCUGGGACAUUCCUCUGUAUCCAGAGCUUUUAUUCAAUAAAGAUUUCAGGCAGC